AUGUCCGAUCUCGAUUCGAUUUCUAACACAUCAGAUAUUGAGAAUAGUGAUGUAAGCGAUGAUAGCGAGAACGAAUAUGUGUUUUCUGGCCAGUAUUUACCAUACCAAAACGAGCCAUUGGCUAGCGAAAGUGAAUCAAGUUCACAAGACGACGAUGAAUUAGAUGAAGAUGGGCUUUCCGUUGAGAUUUUAAGACAACGUUACGAAAAAGAAGUGGCUGUGGACAAAUGGUAAGUCUUUAAAAGUUGUUACAUCGGGUUGAGUUUAUUUAGAUCUAUGUUAACCCCUCGAAAAUUUAAUUUAUAGGUGUACUUGUGGAAAAUGCAAUCACCUACAUCUUGUUGGCGCACGAGAAUAUCGUUGUUGUCGCGAGGUUAUUGAAUGCGUCGGCAAAUAUACGUAUAUUGGACAGAACGUUGGGUGCAUAACGGACCAUGAGGAUUUCAGUUCACUAACGAACAGAACUGUUCUACUCGAAGUAGCCACAUUACUGAGGAAUAAGGAUGGGAAACGAUACAGAAGACAACCUGGUAACACAGAGAAUCAGUAA